AAUAACUUUCCUCGCGGUCUUUUCUCGUCGCCAUGUUUUUCAUCUCCGUACUCCGUAGUGUGCUGUGCGCAGAGAUCUUAAUUGUAUUUUAUUUUUGCUUCCUAAGCUAUAAUUAAUAAUAAAUUUAGCUGCAAGCACUAGUUAAAGUAGCAAACUUAAAUUCAGUUUUUCCGCGCAAGUUUAAUCCUCAACUAUUGAGUAAAAUCCUUAGUUCACGACGACAAAGUGUUCACGAUGUGUACGUUUCCAAGAAACCUGUUCCUGCUAAUAUCACGGCAACGCCGGUCGUUCCAAUAAAUUUAAAUGGAAGUUGAUGGAACCUUCUUCUGUGACACGGUUUUCAAAGGGCAAAGGCGGAAGGAUCCAAAGACCGAUUGUCCCAGUAGCGCGGGAUCAAGAUGAAUUGAAACACUUCACGAAGGACAUGAACAUGCUGUGUUGCUUUCAGCAUAUGUCGUGAUGGUAUCAGGAACGGAUUCUCGUGAUCAAAUAUUUACGCAUGCAACGAAAAACGCGAAAAACAAACACCUGUAUUCAGUUACGACGUACUGACAGUUGAAUGGAAAGUAGUAUAUACACACAGUCCUAAAAUGAUGCGUGUUGUGGCAGAUCUUAUAUACCUUAUAUUCGAACUUUAUUGGAUUAAGGAGUGGAGUCAUUGAUACGCUGGCUACAACCGUUUUCAGCCGUUCACAACCGUAUAGAGGACAAGACUAGAAAAUGGAGCGGAGGUGCUGAAAAAUCCAUGGCGAACGGAAAAAGUUUAACAUCCCCCGCACGAAAUGAAGGAUGGGAAUGAUUUUACACGAAACGACAAUAUCUCGACAACCACCUACCAGCGAUAGUGCUGAUAAUGCUCAAAAAAACUUGCAGAAAAAUCCAAGAUUACCGAAAAAGCGAGGUAGACCUAGCAAGGGACCUAUUGUGGAUAAAGCAAAUGCGGCGCUCAUCAGCUCAUCAAUUGUUAAAACAAAUGAGCGGGUUUCCACGGUAUCCAGUGGCGAAGUUACUUCGUUGAAUAGUGGCGAAGAAGUAGUAACGCCAAGUUCGGUAAUAUCCGAAAGACUCGAUUCGGCGCCCAUUGAUAGCGGAAGAGUAUUGAACACUGAAUCAACACAAUUUAUAUCCAGCGAAAAAGAGGCUACCGGGAAAGCUAAAAAAACAUCUAGAACAAAAUUGUCCUCAACAUCCAGUGAUGCUAAGGUUUCCGGCAGUUUUGAACUUUUAUCGCCGGACAGUUUGCCACUGAAAAAGCGCAGCGUGCGGACGAUAUCCGAAGAUGGACCUCCGACGUUGGAACCCUUCGGUGGCAAUAAUGCCAUGGAAACAAGCGAUAUUGAACCACCCCUACUUUUAUCACAAGAUCCUGUACCGGCAACUAGCAAACGGACAAAGAAAAGUAAUACCGAUAAACAUCAUGAAAAACAUACGACGGAAACAUCCGAAAAACAGCAUAAAUUGUAUAAAUCGAGAUACUACAAAGACCCGGAAGACGAAAACGAUGAAACAUGGAUGCCGUCUAAGAAAAAUCAAAAGAAUCAGUACAACCGACGAAUUCGGAGGGAGAACGAAGAUAAUCAGACCAAAGCUAAUAGUGCGGACGACUCGGACUCGGAACCAAUUCGCCGAAGCAAACGCAAGUGCCGUCUGGCGAAAGCAACCCUAAUGUCGAACCCACAGAAGUCUGUCUACGAUAAGCCCGACUAUAAGCUAAUGACGGAGGAAGAACUGAUCACAAUGCAGAGGCGCCUGGAAGAGGAAAAACGUAGGAAGAAGAAAGCUAAGGCUGCUGCCGACGGUGCUCAGGCAUGUGAAAGGAGUGCUAUGCCACGACCCAUAAGUCGAAAACGCGUUCAGGGUGAUCCAGAGGAACCUGUGACGUCCAAGCGAAACAAGGCCGAUGAUAAUUCAACGCAAGCUUCGAUUUGUAGCUGUAGAGCAUUACGCCGGAUAAAAUAAUCAACUAAUUAGCACCGUUGCAAACCAUUCGUAGGAGCCACUGCAAUUGGCAGUCAUUUCCGAUCAUUGCUUUCUGGCGAUGUUACGAUGAUGCAGUUAUAUCCAAUUUCGUAUUUUCUGGUGCCUGGUGACUCCCCCGCGUGCAUCUCACUAAUCGACAGCCCUAAGCCAACAGUUUUCCGGAAUGAAAUCAAACUGUUCUGGAAGAAAUCACUUAAAACUCCAAGCGUUCCCGUUGGAGUCUCUGCUGAACCUUGACUGGCAUGGUUUUUGCUUCAACAAUACCGCUCGGAAAUCGAUACUUCUCGGAACAAACCCAAAGCCAACUGCACGUGUCAUUCGCCAUUCAGCUAAAAUACCGUUGUCGAAGAACUAGGCAUUCCGAAGCCAACAUACGGGCUGAAUAGUGGUUCGGCUGUAAUCAACAGGCAUGCUUUCUGCUGAAGGUCAAAAACGGUCUCAACCACACGAGAUCAUCAUGGAGCAUAUCGAGGCAGAUGGCGUGAUCAAUGACAUGCCCAAUCCGAAGUUUUUAGCAGUAACUCGAGGAACAAAUUUCCAGCUAGUCUAUCAAGGGUUGAAUGCUGAAAGUGGUGUUUAGAGCUAAACGAGAAACUUGUUUUUUUAUUCUCCGCAGUUUGACCUUAUCAAGGUCACAAGCGACGACGAGGUGUCCAAAAUUUGUCUAGAGGUGCUGAAAUCACAACCAACAUUUGCUCGGUGAUAAAAAUGAUCUCCUAUUCGGAACGUACUUGUUAAGAUCGUUUUCCACGUAGGAUCCACGCAUCAACAGCAGUAAGAGAACUGAGGAAGUUUUUUUUUUCAGAAUAUAUUUAUCAUGUUCCCGGAUGCAGAUGUUUGAUAUUUUUCAACUAGGGAUUGACGAACAACUCGAUAUACGAUAUAAAAAUGUCUGGAAACAAUAAAUUAAUAUUAUAUAUUGUUGAAUAAAUAUUUAAAAAAUAAACAUUCACUGAUUAAUAUUUGAAA